AUGGAUCCAGUGGGCGCCGACAGCGUCACAAUGAUCCACGUUCCAAGAGGGCGGUCUUCCAAAAAGCACCUGCUGCGAUCCUUCCGUACUCAACAAUGAGCCAUGCGAUAGCGCGCAGCGAUGAGCGGGCGACGCAGAUGGUCGCGGAGGGUGGUGAGUGGGUGUAGCGGGGAUUUCCUAGAGACACAACCACGUCGCAAACACGGACAUAGCACAUACGUAGCAGAAGAGGUUGCAGGCAGGGAGCCAAGGAAUCCCAUAUCUCUCCCUCGCCCGCGCCCGGCGGUCAGGGGCGCCCACCUAGCGCCAAACUCUACAUCCGUCUCCCGAAGACCGCACAUCACAUCCACCGUCACGCCAGCCAUCACGUCUCCACGUACUGUCAUCCACUACGCCACUGCGCCACUGCUUCAUCUACUCUCCCGACAAGCAAAUCAAGACUUCCUCGAUUGCAUCGCGUGUGCGAGCAAAAACCAAACCCAUCGCGUAUACCACUCUGACGCACCUGCAGCAUCUAUCCGUGUCUCGUGCCCCGUCUGUAGCAAUGAUCUCAGCACCCCCACCACACCUCGUCAGCACACAUCCAAGCAUCCAGCUCGGGAGUGCUCGUGCAUGAAACCAAGACGUCCAUCUCUUGGCCCCGGGGCUGGUGCGUUAGACUUCCGAGCUGCAGCUGUCACCGCGUCAAUGCAUCGGCACUCAGCGCUGCAGCACGAGCAGAGCAACCGCCUGGUAGCGGAGUGCGGCAUGACGCACACAUCUCACGUGUGCGUUGAUCAGUCCUGCGGGUUGCGAUGCUCGCUACAAGUAUACAUGCUCCUCCGCACGGUCCCGUUCUGCGACUCUGCUGCAGCCUGCCACAAGCGACACGCGCUACACUACCGAGCUGCAUGGCUGCAUAUCUCUACAUCAUACGUUAUGCACGAUAUAUAUAGACACCUUCCACCCCAUGCCCAACCGAAUACAUCAGACGUCUGCUACUGCAUCUGAUCACCGAUCAUGUCCAUCAUGCAAUCCUUAUCGAAGCGAUCAAAAUCAUGAAUCAUCGU